AUGUUUGACUAUAACUUUGUUGGAGCUGAGUCAGAGGAUUCUCAGAUUGAGCCUUUGUUGAAGGAAGUAAAAGGUAAAGACUUGGCUGAGCUAAUUGCUUCCGGAAGGGAGAAGUUAGCUUCAGUGCCGUCAGGUGGUGGUGGUGUUGCGAUGGCUUCAGCUCCAUCCGCUGGUGAAGGAGGCGGUGCUGCUCCUACUGCUGAGUCCAAGAAGGAAGAGAAGAAAGAAGAGAAUGUUGGAACCAGACUAUUUGGUAUCAGAGACAUAAAGCCCAUCAGUGAGAGUCAUGAGAUCUAUCGAGAGAUCUAUAGCGAUCCGAUUUACGAUGUUUAUGAAGAUGAUGAGAUUUAUAGAGAAAUCUGUGGUGAUACCAUCUACGAUACCUAUGAAGAUGAUGUUUCGAACAUUGAUCAUGUUGAUUUUGUGUUCAAGCAUGGUGGUUUCAACAAAGCUGCGCAAAAUCUGGUCCAUGCAGAUUUAGAGCAGAUCUUCAUUCCUUCAAAGAAGUUUGAUUGUAAGGUUGGAUUUAGGAAGAUCGAUUUGGUGCCAAGAACACGGUUGAAGAUUCGAGGACGAAUCUUUCUUGGCCGGCGAGACCUGAUGCAGCGAGAUAUUUGGAAUAUCUCCAAAUAUCUUGAUUAA